AUGGAGACUCUCACAUCAACCCUAGCCGGGCUCAACCUGGACUUGCAAGGUAUCGAGGGGAAGUCCUUUGAUGCACGCCUUGAAGAGGAAGAGAACGGCACUUAUCAAAAUUACGCCCCUCGCGCCAGAACACGCCCAUCUGUCGCCGAAACGAGACGUGAGCUGGAGGAUGAAUUCCUGAACCCAUCGCCUCGAUUUAACUCUGAAUGGUUGAAUCGUUUACAGAGGAGAUGGGAUACAUCAACGGACUACACUGACAUUUUCGAGGUUGCCGGCACGCAAACUCGGACUAUUGUCCGAUUUGAUCGCGAAGGCCUCGAAGGGCGUGUCACGGGAUAUCACGAAGUGACUGUCCCUGCUAAUAGCGCCAAUGCGAAGAACUCGACGUCUUUGCUUCGCCGGCCGGCUGGCCGUGCUGAUUUUGUAAGGGGCGCUGCGGGAUUCUUCCCGUUUGCUCCUGGCGGGUUGGAUGGCGUUGAGGCGAUUGCCGAGAUGGAGGAAACGCAGACACCAGGGGCCCCAAGUUCUGGGGGCAAGCAAGCUGGUUUGGAUCGCAUCAUUAAUUUUGGGACUGAGGGAGGCUUACUUGAAGCUGCACCUGGCUUCUCGCGCGGACUGAAGUUUGAACAGGCAAAGUCCAAAGAAGCUGCAGAGGAAGAUGAAGAAGUUGAACACACGCUUCAGGAAGAGGAUGAAAAAAUCAGUCCCGAUCUGGAUGAGACAGCUUCUGAUGUGGAAGGGGGCGUGAAAAUCGAAGAUGAGGAAUCGGACCAGGACGAAGAGGAAGAAGAUAUUGACUCGUUAUUGCCUGUUGAGUUCCCCUCUCUAGAGCCGCGUGCGCCGCUGCUCUCGACGUUGCAGAAAAAGGGCGGCAAAGAAUGGGCUCAUGUUGUGGACGUCAACAAAGAAAUCUCCAAUUUCCAUGAGCUUGUGCCGGAUAUGGCCCGCGAAUGGCCAUUCGAGCUGGAUACUUUCCAGAAGGAAGCUGUUUAUCAUCUGGAGGGCGGAGACUCGGUCUUUGUGGCUGCACAUACAUCAGCUGGUAAAACAGUCGUCGCGGAGUAUGCCAUUGCGUUGGCUGCUAAGCAUAUGACAAAGGCCAUCUACACUUCGCCCAUUAAAGCCCUCAGUAAUCAGAAGUUCCGCGACUUCAAAAAUGAAUUUGAUGAUGUUGGUAUUCUGACGGGUGAUGUUCAGAUUAACCCGGAAGCAAGCUGCCUUAUUAUGACCACUGAGAUUCUACGGAGUAUGCUUUAUCGUGGUGCAGAUCUCAUCCGAGAUGUCGAAUUUGUUAUUUUCGACGAAGUCCACUACGUGAAUGACCUUGAACGAGGUGUCGUGUGGGAAGAAGUCAUCAUUAUGCUUCCCGAGCAUGUCACCCUCAUUCUCCUCUCGGCUACAGUGCCCAAUACUCAGGAAUUCGCAUCCUGGGUGGGCCGAACAAAGAAGAAGGAUAUCUACGUUAUAUCGACAGCCAAGAGACCCGUUCCCCUUGAACACUAUCUUUGGGCUGGGAAGAACAAAUUCAAGAUUGUUGACUCCAACAAAAGGUUCCUCGAAAACAACUGGAAGGAAGCAGAUGAUAUCAUAUCAGGCAAGGACAAAAUUAAAGCCCAGAAAGCGGCCGAGGCCCAAGCACAGUCUCAAGCGAGCAGGGGUGGUCCUCAAGGACGGGGACGUGGACAAGCUCCUGCUCGAGGGGGGCCGAGAGGAAACGGACAACGCGGAGGCGGACAACAACGAGGUAGAGGCGCGCCAGCAAACCGAGGAACAGGAAAUAUUGCUCGUACGGGUAGAGGUGGCGGACGUACAACUGCCGCCCAGGACAAGACUGUCUGGGUGCAAGUUGUCCAACAUCUGCGUAAGGAAAAUCUACUGCCGGCUUGUAUUUUCGUCUUUUCGAAGAAGAGAUGCGAGCAAAAUGCCGACUCGUUGUCUAACCAAGAUUUCUGCAAUGCCUCUGAGAAGAGUCUUAUCCAUAUGACUAUCGAAAAGUCCCUCACCCGACUCAAAGUUGAAGACAGGACAUUGCCGCAGAUCCUUCGACUUCGUGAGCUACUGAGCCGAGGCAUUGCUGUUCACCAUGGUGGCCUCUUGCCAAUUAUGAAAGAAAUUGUCGAGAUUCUGUUCGCGAAAACUUUGGUCAAGGUCCUCUUCGCUACCGAGACCUUUGCCAUGGGUCUUAACCUGCCUACCCGCACAGUCGUCUUUUCUGGAUUCCGCAAGCAUGACGGCAAAAGUUUCAGAGAUCUACUGCCAGGUGAAUACACUCAAAUGGCAGGACGUGCUGGACGAAGAGGCCUCGAUAACGUUGGUUAUGUGAUUAUUGUGAACUCUGGCAAAGACGAGGCUCCCGCUGCUGGUGCUCUCAGGAAGAUGAUCCUUGGUGAUCCAACGAAACUUCGAUCACAGUUUAGGCUUACGUACAACAUGAUCUUGAACUUACUGCGGGUCGAAGCCUUGAAGAUCGAAGAAAUGAUCAAGCGAAGUUUCAGCGAGAACGCUACACAGGCCUUGCUUCCCGAACACGAGAAGCAGGUGCAAAUCUCAGAGGCCAGUUUGGAGAAGAUUAAACGAGAACCCUGCGAGAUUUGUGAUAUUGACAUUGCCACCUGCCAUGACGCAUCGGUUGAAUACGGAAAACUCACGAGCGAGCUACACCUCAAUUUACUUUCGUCACCCGUUGGCAAACGCCUUCUUAUGCCAAAGCGACUCGUUGUGUAUCGGAAGGAUGGAUCGCGAACCGCAGGUGUUAUAGUGCGAGAAGUCGGAGGCGGUCCUAACCCGGUAAUCCAAAUUCUUGAGAUAGGCAAAUUGGCCAGCAAGCGCCACCCAAGCGAGAUUCUCCCAUUCCUACCUGCGUUCCGAGGAUUCAUGAACCCCCUCCCAACCCGCGCAGCUGAUAUGACCUUGAAGGUCUUCAAGAUCCCAAUCACCGAUAUUGAAUGUGUUACCAAUACCCUUGUUAAGAUUAGUGGCCCGGCGUGGUACCUCAAUAUCAAGAAAGAGGCGGUAAAGUUCGCAGAGAAGGAGUUGUCUAAACUAUGCUCCUCAUGGACCACACCGACCUGGGAUGAGCUAGAUUGGGCCCGCAUUAAAGAAUUGCAGCUGAGGGAUAUUCUCGACAAACGCCGCGGGUUAGCGAAUAUUGCUCAGUCAUGCGACUGCUUGAAGUGCCCCGAUUUCUUGAAGCACUUCGAGAUGCAGCGUGAUGAGUGGCAGAUCAAGGAGAACAUUUCACAGCUGAAGCAGCUCAUGUCGGACCAGAACCUCCAGCUUCUUCCUGACUACGAGCAGCGUAUCCAGGUACUGAAGGACCUCGGGUUUGUCGACGAGCAGUCCCGCGUGCAGCUGAAAGGAAAGGUCGCUUGCGAGAUUCACUCCGCAGAUGAGCUGGUUUUGACAGAACUGAUUCUGGAGAACGUUCUUGCUGAAUACGAACCGGAGGAGAUAGUUGCACUCCUAUCCGCUUUUGUGUUCCAAGAAAAGACGGAAAACGUCCCAACAUUGACCCCCCGGCUGGAGAAGGGCAAGGAAGCUAUAGUUAGGAUUUCAGAGAAGGUGAACGAUGUGCAGAUCCAGCACCAGGUAAUUCAGUCUACGGAGGACAACAAUGACUUUGCCAGCCAGCCGCGGUUUGGGUUGGCAGAGGUUGUCUACGAGUGGGCCAAGGGGAUGUCGUUUAACCGGAUUACGGAUCUCACGGAUGUGAUGGAGGGGACCAUUGUGAGAACUAUUACUCGGCUUGACGAAACUUGCCGGGAGGUGAAGAAUGCGGCCAAGCUGGUUGGAGACCCGACGCUCUACGCGAAGAUGCAAGAAGCGCAGGAUAAGAUCAAGAGGGACGUAAUUUUUGCGGCGUCCCUCUAUAUGUAG